AUGACUGAAGCAUACAUCAAGAAGCUCACCUCGAUCCCCAAAGAGAACUUUCUCUUCGGCCCCUCCCCAAUCUCCCCCCUCCCAAACCUCUCCUCCCACCUCUCCCCCUCCAAUACCAUCCGCAUCUUCGCCAAACGCGAAGACUGCAACUCCGGCCUCGCCUACGGCGGCAACAAGGUGCGUAAACUCGAGUAUCUCGUCGCCGCCGCCAAGGCCGAGGGGUGCGAUACGUUGGUGAGUGUGGGAGGGGUGCAGAGUAAUCAUACCCGGGCCGUUACGGCGGUGGCGAAGAGCAGUGGGAUGGGGAGUGUUACGGUGCAGGAGAAGUGGGUUCCUAUUGACCCACCUCUCUAUGCGUCUACGGGGAACAUCCUCCUCUCCCGUCUUAUGGGCGGUGACGUCCGUCUCAACCAAGAGACCUUUGAUAUCGGACACAAAAAAGCCACUGAAGAUGCUUUCAAAGAGGUGCAGGAUAAGGGCGGUAAACCAUACUACAUUCCCGCAGGCGCCUCCGACCACCCCCUCGGCGGGCUGGGCUUCACCGCCCUCCUCCUCGAGCUCCUCCCCCAAGAAGCCGCCCUGGGCAUCUUCUUUGAUACCAUCAUCGUCUGUUCCGUCACCGGUUCUUCCCACGCCGGCUUGGUUGUGGGCAAUAUCCUGGACGGGAGGAGGAGGAAGGUUAUCGGGAUUGAUGCGAGUGGGAAACCGGAAGCUACGAAGAAGCAGGUGGAGAAGAUUGCGAGGGAUACGCUUGAGAUGCUCGGGGAGGGUGUGGGGGAGGGGGAGAAGGAGGAGGUUAGGGAGGAGGAUGUUAUUUUGGAUGAUAGGUUCCAUGCGGGGAUCUAUGGUAUCCCGGACGACGAAACCAUUGCUGCUAUGCGCUUGGGAGCCUCCAAAGACGCCUUCAUAACAGACCCAGUCUACGAAGGCAAAUCCCUCGCCGGCAUGAUCAAGCUUAUCCAGGAAGGGUCGAUCAAGGAGGGGUCGAAUGUGCUUUAUGUGCAUUUGGGGGGGCAGCCUGCGCUUAAUGCUUAUAGUAGUUAUUUUGAGUAG